ACACAUUUCCCUCUCUCUAAAAACAACUAAUUACCUGAUCUUAAUUUUCUUCAACUUCUACUCUCAAAUAUCAUGAAGCCUUUCACUUGCUUUUCUAUUAUCUUCAUUGGUUUCUUAUUAUCCUCAACACCCAUUUCCUCCAGACGCAUUUCUCAACAAAACUCACGUCAUGGCCAUCACCGCAAGGGGGCAGCAUCCUCUGGUAAAGCAGCAAUGGUAGUGGUGAAUGAGAAGGUGACGAUGAUGACGAUGGGGAGAAAAGGAACGGAGACGGUUGAAGUAGCAGGGUCGAGCUUGCCGGAUUGUUCACAUGCGUGUGGCUCAUGCUCGCCUUGCAGAUUAGUGAUGAUAAGCUUCGUGUGUGCUUCACUUCAAGAGGCUGAAACAUGUCCAAUGGCUUAUAGAUGCAUGUGCAAUAACAAGUCCUAUCCUGUUCCUUAAAUCCAAACCCACUUUUCUUAAUUAAUUUCGUUGGAACAACUUUACAGGGUUGGAUGUAUAAGGAAACAAAAAUCAAAAAAGUUUUAGUUCUAUUGUAUUGUAUAUCCAAUAUGAUUUAGAGAGUACUAACUACAGUGUGAUCACCGUCACAUUGUAUGUACAAAUAUAUCGAUCAACUGUAGUUUUUCUACUAA